UGUGAUUCCUUAAGAUAUAUGAUUUAAUAUCUUUCUCUCUCUCUUUGGCUAAAGAAAUGCUGCGUUUCAUGAUCUUUUGGCUGCUAGGGUCUGCCCUGGCAGCUUCCUCCAUGGAUGAAAAUUUGCAAAUUCAAGAGGAAUGCAGUUUUACUAGAUAUCCUAGCCUUUGUCUCCAAACUUUGAGGGGGUUAAGAGAUGAUUCUGUUCAUAUCGUCUCUGCUCUUGUUAACAAAUCAAUUUCAGAGACAAAACUUCCCGUUUCCUUCUUUACUUCACUCACCUCUCAAUUGGGAAUUCAAGAAGCUCAAUACACCCAGUCUACCACAGAUUAUUGUGAAAACCUGAUGAAGAUGUCUCUAAAGCUGCUAGACAAGUCACUGUUGGCACUCAAACAAUCUCCAGAAAAGAACAAGAAUGACAUCCAAACGUGGCUAAGUGCUGCCUUAACUUACCAACAGGCCUGCAAAGAUUCUGUCGAUAGCUUGGGUCUACCCACCGGCGGCCUUACCUCUCAAAUUUCUCGCAAAAUGGAUUAUCUCUCUGAAUUGGUUAGCAACCCUUUAGCCCUUGUCAACAGAAUUACAGGUGAUCAUGAUAAUAAGCUUAAGAAGAACAGCACCAGAAGUCGAUAUCUAGGCGAGGAAAUACAAGAUUUUCCUAAGUGGGUAUCGGCAAAAGAUCGAAAACUGCUCCAGAGCAGUACGAUUAAGGCGAAUGCUGUGGUUGCAAAAGAUGGAACAGGAAAUUAUGAAACGGUUUCUGAAGCUAUCAAGGCUGCUGGAGGAGGUCGGUUUGUGAUUUAUGUGAAGGCAGGAGUUUAUAAAGAGAAAAUUAGGACUAAUAAAGAUGGUAUAACUUUGAUCGGAGAGGGUAAAUACUCAACUAUCAUAGUUGGUGAUGAUAGUGUAGGUGAUGGCUCUUCCAUGCCUGGCUCUGCCACAUUCACAAUUACAGGCGACGGAUUUAUUGCUAGAGAUAUAGGAUUCCAGAACGCGGCAGGACCACAAGGAGAACAAGCCUUGGCUCUCUACAUAGCAUCUGAUCAUUCAGUUCUCUAUAGAUGUAGCAUUGCGGGCUACCAAGACACCUUAUAUGCACUUUCACAGCGUCAAUUCUAUAGAGAAUGCGACAUUUAUGGAACAAUAGACUUCAUAUUCGGCAACGCAGCUGCUGUUUUCCAGAAUUGUUAUUUGGUGCUCCGUCGCCCGGACCACGGAUCAUACAACGUGAUUCUAGCAAAUGGAAGAUCAGACCCUGGACAGAAUACAGGAUUCUCUGUUCAGAAUUGCAGAAUAACUGCGAGUUCCGAUUUUUCUCCUGUUAAACAUAGCUAUAACUCAUAUCUUGGCAGGCCCUGGAAGCAGUAUUCGAGAUCAAUCAUAAUGGAAUCGUAUAUAGAUGAUGCUAUUUCGUGGAAGGGCUGGAUCGAGUGGCCUGGUGCAGGGUCAUAUAGUAAAUCACUUUACUUUGCAGAGUACUCAAACACUGGCCCUGGAGCUGGGACUUCUAAGAGGCCAAAUUGGCCUGGAUUUCAUGUUAUUGGAGCUGAAGAGGCUGUUAAGUUUACUGUUGGAAAAUUUAUUUCUGGAAGCUCUUGGUUACCUUCUACUGGAGUAACUUUCAUCUCUGGUUUACAGUGAUUGGAUUGUUAAAAGAUACACAUACGUAGAGAUCAUAUUCAUAUAGCGUGUUUAUAAGAUUACACUGCAAGAUACUUAAGGAGCUCAAAGGGUAUCCUGCAGUUGCUGAAACAUGACGCAACCUUUGUAUUAAAGAUGAUUUUUGUGUUCUAUUUGGUUCUGUAUAGUCUGAACAAUAUAGGAAUCAUCUAGGACAUAUAGCAAAAUCAUUGUAUCUAGCUCUGCAAUCGUGUCAUUUAGCCAAUGCAAGUUAGUCAACUAUAUUUGGUUA